CCAUGGUCUGUGCGUUCCCCGUUGCUGAGGUCUCAAGUGCAUAAGCGCCUGAUAUUCGCAUGGGUCCUGGGGACCUAAACUCAGAGUGAAGAGGGUUGUUCCCGCCUUCCGCGCCUAACCGGACCAAUCAACGUUCCGGAGCGUGGCGCGAAUCGCCUCUGGAGAAUCUUGCACAGGUCUGGGUCCCUGCACUGAGCAUCUCGGCUUGCAGCCCCUCUUCCCAGCCUCGAGAGAAGGAUCCUUCGUCAUCCUUGUCCCAGCGCCCUAAAUCCUAUCACCCAAACCGGCGGACCGGCGGGAACCGGAAGUGUGCGCACCCGGGACGAGUCCCCUGUGAACUCCGCCGGAAGUAGUGAUUGCCAGGGGCUCCCUUCGCUCGGUAUGGCGGCGAUUCCCCCAGACACCUGGCAGCCGCCCAACGUCUACUUGGAGACUAGCAUGGGGAUCAUUGUCCUGGAGCUGUACUGGAAGCACGCUCCCAAGACCUGCAAAAACUUUGCGGAGCUCGCUCGGCGAGGCUACUACAACGGCACCAAGUUCCACAGGAUCAUCAAGGACUUCAUGAUCCAAGGCGGUGACCCGACAGGCACAGGUCGAGGCGGCGCAUCUAUUUAUGGCAAACAGUUUGAAGAUGAGCUUCAUCCCGACCUGAAGUUCACCGGGGCUGGGAUCCUCGCCAUGGCCAACGCAGGACCAGACACCAACGGCAGCCAGUUCUUCGUGACCCUGGCCCCCACGCAGUGGCUGGACGGCAAACACACCAUUUUUGGCCGGGUGUGCCAGGGUAUAGGGAUGGUGAACCGAGUGGGCAUGGUGGAGACAAACUCCCAGGACCGCCCUGUGGAUGAUGUGAAGAUCCUGAAGGCGUACCCUUCUGGGUAGAAGGGAUGCUGGCUCCGGCACACCCAGGUCCCAGGAGCUGUUUCCCGGAUGACACAGGGUGCUGCGUGAAGGGUCGUCUCUGGGGACGUUUGUAUUCUGGUCAACAGUCACAAACUUGAAAAGCGGGCAGCGCGUGCACAGCCUUGAGAAGGCUGCACGGAUGAGCGCGCUGGCCGCACAGCCCCGUGCAGCCUCCAGUGAGAGUUCUUCCAGGAAUAUGCGCAGCAGCGCUCUCGCGCGUGCGCUCUCUCUCUCUCUCUUUCUCUCCCCUCAGGAGCCUGAGCACCACCACUGCUGCUUAGGACACUAAUGUCCCACGCAAAGCCAUAUUGAAUUGUCGCCAAAUGAAAAAUGCAUCCAACAGUCAAGUUGCUAAGGUGUCAAGUGGGGGUGAUAAUGUGCGGUGAUGAAUUCCUGAGAGGAAGCAGAAGCAAGCGGUGGCCAUGGUUCCUCAGGAGGGAGCUGGAGUCUAGAGAGCACAAGGCCAGGCCCCCACGGGCCUCCCCACAGGAAAUGACUCGUUUUAGGCUUUAGAGAAAAUGGGGAGGAGGUUUUUAUGCACAAUGCCUUCAUUUUUUUUACUCUUUCUGGAUUUGAAGGGGGUGGGGUAAGAAGGGUGUUGAUACCUAUGUAGUGCAUAGAAACUUCCAGAAUAAAGCACCAUUGGUGGUUGAAAUCA